GGAAGUAUAAGCGGUAGCGCGCGGUGCGCGUGACACGAGUGACGCAGGUGGUGUGAACGCGCACGCUCCGUCCGCAGUGUCUUUCUCUGGGGCUGAGGCGGCCGCGCGCUGGGAUCGGUAACGUCUCGAGGAGACCCCGAGACACCGGCCGGACACGGAGUACCCACCGGAUACGGAACCUUUAUCGCCCACUGAGCCUGGGACACCGAGUACCUACCGGAUCCCGGGUACCUACCGAGCACUGACCGGAUACCGAGCCGCUCUAGGCCAGCUAAUCCCGGAUACCGAGCCCGGGACACGGAGCUGGCGGCUCGCACUGUGUCCGCCCGACCGGUCAACCCCUUCCUGCCCAGGGCCCGGCCUGUGGGACCGCUAAACCUCUGCCGGGCUGGCCCUUGACAUGUGAGCGGAGAUACGUCUGUAUGCGCAAAUACUGAUCCGAUUUCUGGACGUGUGCUAUGCUGGAAGGUGGUGGCUGCUCAGACGCAAAAAUGAGCCGUCAGACUGCUACAGCCAUCCCUACAGGUACUUCCAAGUGUCCCCCAUCCCAGCGAGUACCAGCUCUGACGGGAACAACUGCAUCCAACAAUGACCUGGCAAGCCUGUUUGAAUGCCCAGUGUGCUUUGACUAUGUUUUACCACCCAUUCUCCAGUGUCAGAGCGGCCACCUUGUUUGCAGCAAUUGUCGGCCAAAGCUCACAUGUUGUCCAACCUGCAGAGGCCCUUUGGGAUCCAUCCGUAAUUUGGCAAUGGAAAAGGUGGCCAACUCUGUACUUUUCCCCUGCAAAUACGCUAGCUCUGGAUGUGAGGUAACGUUGCCGCACACGGAAAAAGCGGAUCAUGAGGAGCUGUGUGAGUUUCGUCCUUACUCUUGUCCCUGUCCUGGGGCUUCUUGUAAAUGGCAAGGCUCCCUGGAUGCAGUCAUGCCUCACCUAAUGCAUCAGCAUAAAUCUAUAACAACAUUACAAGGAGAGGAUAUUGUAUUCCUGGCUACAGACAUUAACCUUCCAGGAGCUGUCGACUGGGUUAUGAUGCAAUCUUGCUUUGGGUUUCACUUCAUGUUGGUUCUGGAGAAACAAGAGAAGUAUGAUGGUCAUCAGCAGUUCUUUGCAAUUGUGCAGCUAAUAGGAACGCGCAAGCAAGCAGAAAAUUUUGCCUACCGGCUGGAGCUAAAUGGCCACCGGCGGCGAUUGACUUGGGAAGCUACUCCUCGCUCAAUUCACGAGGGAAUUGCAACUGCUAUCAUGAACAGUGACUGUCUAGUUUUCGACACCAGCAUCGCACAGCUGUUUGCAGAAAAUGGCAAUUUAGGAAUUAAUGUAACCAUCUCCAUGUGUUAAAAGCUGCAUUCAAAUACUUCCAGGCCAGUGUUCCACUUCCCAUCCAGCGCUCAAUAUCAAUCCGUACUGCCGGCCUCCCGCCACAAGCAGGAAUUCCACUUACAGGAAGCAGUUGCAUGUAGAAACACUAAUAUUUAAAAACAAAACAAAAAACCACUGAAAUAUAUAGGCACCCAGCGGGUCAACUUUUGUACGUAAAGCGAAAAAAAAAAAAAUAACAGAGCAACAAAAAUCCAACAUUAAAUGUAAAAUAACCCCCAAUGAAUUUGUGUUUGUAGUUUGUACAGUGAAAUUGUGUGUUUAUUUCCCUCCUGUUUGACGGACAAGCCUUUUUGCGCGGUUUAAAGCCACUGCAAUCCUCAAGUCACUCUAUAGAAUUGCUGCUGUUUUGUGUACUUUUUUUUGGCUAAUUUUUUAUUAACUUCUAGUUUUUCAUUCAAUAAAUUUGACUUUCUUUUCUGUAAUUAAGGGUUUUUUUGUACACAUUUGCAAUGCAUAAUUUUGGAUUAAAGAUAUACAUUUUUUUUUUUAAACUUUAUUUUAAAAUGUUUCUAGUAUGGCUUUGAGGAAUGUGUUUAACGUUACAUGAUCCUGAACCAAUUGGCUUUGCUGUAUGUAUAGCCGAAAGCCUCCUAGUUCUGCCAUCUAUGCAAUCAGAUAUGGCAGAUUCUACAAUUCCCAUAACCCCCAUUAGGGAUAAUGGGGAUUGUUGUUGAAUAAUGCCAAGUAUAUGUAUAUCCCUGGAUCUCCAGCACAACCUCAAUUGCAGAAUGAAUGUCAAACCACAUAUAUAUUUUUUUAAUUUAAGUAGCAAAUGGGGUGGGGGGGGUCAUUCUGCUUUGAGUAAAUUCUGUGUAGUUUCUGUUCACCCAACAUUAAACAAAAUCUGCAAGAUGUAUGGCUGUUUGUCUCAAACAAAGGGUGUAUUUGUUUUAUGUAGCUGCAAGAACCCAUUGUCUGACAAAUAUAAUUGAAACCUGAUAUUGUUAAAGAGUAGUCUCAAAAUGAGAUGUUCUCAUUCUUUUUAUAAUUGUCAUUAAAUGUAUCCUUAACAAACUA